AUGGGUUUACAAAAGCUUUGCCUUGAGUUCGGUCAGGGUAAAAAUGUGAGAUUGAUACCUGUCCAUGAUUUGAGUAUCUAUCCCCCGGUACUGGAUGAGCAUGAUAUCAGUAUCAUUCAGAUGUAUAUGUCUAGUCCUGAUGCGAGUGUUGACAAAGCAAGCUUUGAUAUGUUUGCUAGGAAACAACGUUCAUUUGAUGCUACCCCACCAACAAAAGCAUCGUUAAUUCAGCAUAUCAAGCUGGUUGUUUCAGAAGCUGUCAGUAUAUUUACGUUAACUGCGAUAGGCAUUGACAGAUAUUACGUGGUUAUGUAUCCCCUACGACCACGGACGGACAACCGGAAAAAGAAAAUAAUCAUACUUGUAACGUGGAUUCUGGCCACGGGGCUUUCCGCACCAAAGCCAUGGGUAUUGCAAUUGUACAGUUACCCACUAGUGGAUGGAAAAACUGCACAUAGUUGUAGUCCGAAUUGGCCGUCUAUUGAGCAUAAACAUCGCUACGAUUGGGCGCUGGUUAUUAUUCUUUUCGCUUUGCCGUUGGUGUUACUGAGUUUCUGCUAUGGAAGAGUUGCUAGAAAAUUGUGGUUGCGAAGUCUGCCAGGAAAUGCAGACCCAGAGAGAGACAGGGAACAGAAGAAGAGUAAGGAAAAAACUGUCAAAAUGCUGAUUUCUGUCGUGGUGUUAUUUGCUCUAUGCUGGCUACCAUUGAACGUAUACAAUAUCGUGCUCAGCUAUUAUCCUGAAUACUUCAGGAGUCACCAGCAAGAGACGCGCAUAUCACGUGCUAGUGUGUUGAUUUGGCUGACACUCUCUGACACAAUCAUCAAUCCGAUUGUAUAUGUGUUUCUCAGUGACCGAUUCAGGAAAGACUUGAAGAACAUGUUCUAUCAAUGGACGCGUCGAUGUAGAUCAGACGGAGACGACUUUUAUACAGGUGGAUAUGCGACUACGUCAGCGUAUGAUACGUCACCGUACACCACAAGGCGCACUCGCCUCUCACCAAACAUGAGUUCUACAGACAUGGGGCGAAAUACAAACAUGGACAACACGCUGGAUGUUAGUUCCAACAGAAACAUUACACUGACAGUGGAUGGUUUACCGAAAAAACGGAGUAUUGUUGCCGGGAGUAAAGUUUGA